UCCUCUGAAAGAAAAGGAAGAAAAGAAGAAAAUGAUAAUGAAUGGAUGAGAAUACUUGAAGCGUUAGAAGUGGUUAGUGAAGCUGAAAUGCUUAGGAAAUUGGAAGAAUGUAUUUUAAAUGGAAGUGCUUCUAACUAUGUUCCUCCUUCUAAUAAUAAAUCGAGAUACGGCUUUCAACAAAUGUUUCCCUCUGAGUUAGGAAAUAUUCUCUCUCAUCAACAAUUAGUCUCAACUAACAAUAAUUAUGAUGUUGUUGAUAAUAUAAACCAAUCUAUUGAUAAACAAACACAAAAAAUAUUUCCAUCUCAAGAACUUCAUAAGAAAUACGUUGUUGCUAAUCAUUCUCGGUCUGGUACUCCUACUAUGAUGAAGAGUCAACAACAACAAAAUGGAGAACUUCCACCAGCAAUGCCCUCUCCACGUAUUUCAACGACAGACCCUCCUCCAUUUACAAUAGCAACAUCAUCAACAUUUACCUCCUCACAAAAAAGUAUUUCCACAAAUUCACUUCCUUCUUGUACAUUAAAUAAUUUAAAACAAGAAAAUGAAAUAGAUGAAUUUAGUGAAGUUUUUAGUGUUCAAUUAAAAAGAUGCCCUCUUACAAAAAGUUUUGGGUUUUCCGUUUGUGAUGGACUUAUUGGAGAAGAUGAUGAAAUAAUUGAAGAAUUAAAUGAGAAAAAUACUAUACAAUUAACACCUACAGGAAUUUAUAUUCGUUCGUUAGUUAAGGAUGGACCAGCUGAGAAAUGUGGAAGGAUACAACCUAGAGAUAGAAUAUUACAGAUCAAUGGAAGGUCAAUACAAUUUUUAACCUGUGAUUUAGUUCUUCCACUUUUAACAACAGAAACUGUUGAUCUACUUUUACUAAGGAAAAAAUGACAAAUUUAAAAAAUAUUUACUAUUUAUUAAUUUUAAUGCUCUAUAAUUUACUUCCUAAUCUUUUUUUAUUGUUUAGAAAAUUUAAAAUUUUUAUUUUACAAAUGCUUGUAUCUUUUUUCCGUGACUGUAUUUAUAUGUAUAAAUAGUAUGUGAAUAGAUAUAUUUAAGAUAUGUAAUGAUGAUGAUUUGGAUAAUAAUUUGGAAUGAUAUAGUAUAUGGGAUACAGGGGGAUCACGGAGGAUUCGGGAUUAUUAAGGGAUUAUUUGUAGAUAUCUUUUGCUUUUUUUCGCUCAUUGAUUGCUGAAUAUUUGUAUUCAAAUCAAGGCUUCCUCCUUUUGUGCUACAGGUAAAAAUUUCAGAUUUAGGAAGGCUUGAGGCCAGAUUUAUUCCAAUUUUUGU